AUACGUCCUUGAAAAAAGCCUAAUAAAGGCUUAGGCCACCGCUUCAUAAGCCUCUCAAAGGGCCAAAUCCAUUUCCGUAUAUUACACACUUUCAAAACCCGGAGAAAAAAAAAAAGUAAGCAUAAUUUCGUCUGAAGAAAUUGUUGAUUCCUCAGAAAAUCUUUAGCAUUUAUAGACAGAUACACCCAUUAUUAUUAUUUCACUACUACUCAUUAUAUCACCCAUCUGUAAUUGUUUGUGUUUGUCUGUGAGAGAGAGAGAGAGAGAGAGAGAGAGAGAGAGAGAGUUCUUUGUUAAAAGAGCUAAGAGUGUAAAAAUUGCUUUUAAUAUUUUUCUGGUUUUGGUGAAAGAAAGAAAGAGAGGGAGAGAAAGAGGCUAUAGCUUUGGAGUUCUUUGCUUAUAAAAGGUUACAAUGAGAAAGAAUAUAUGGGUUUUGCAGUGUCUUUUAUUGCUGGAAUGCUUUCUGGUGUUGAAAAUUGAGGCAAUAGUGCAAGAGAAAGCAGAUGCAGCAAUUCCAAUAACAACAUUGUCACCUCCAGAAGGCAACACAACAUUCCUAGGAGGCACAACAUGGUGUGUAGCCCUUGCUGGUGUAUCUCAAAUUGAUUUGCAAAAUGCAUUAGACUGGGCAUGUGGGCUAGGGAUGGCUGACUGCAGAGCAAUUCAAGAAGGUGGAGCUUGUUUUGAACCUAACACUCUCUUGUCUCAUGCUUCAUAUGCUUUUAACAACUAUUACCAGCAAAAUGGGAAUUCUGAUAUUGCUUGCAAUUUUGGAGGAACUGCUACUUUAACUAAAAGCAACCCAAGUUAUGGAAAAUGUAACUAUGCUGCAGCUGGAUUAGGGUCUCUUCACUCAUCAGUGGCUUCAUGGUCCAAGCACAGUCCAAACAUGGUAUGGUGGAAGCUUGUUGGGAUUUUGCUGCUUUUGUACUUGAGAAGGUGAUUGUGGAGUCAAUUAUCUUUUGGCUGAAGCUUAAUGGUAAUCAUUAUUAGUACAUGGAAAUGAAUUUGUGCUUAGUUAGCUAAAGUAAAGAUGUUAGGUGAUAUUACACUUUUGUAAUUGGAAUUGCUUAAGUUAUUCCUACCUUUGGUCAGGUGGUUUGGAAUCUAUAUAUGGUUUUUGCAAUCAAAUCCUACUUUUUUGUGCUC